CAAUGGAAAUAGGCCCAGCCCUCCCUCCUCCUUCCAUGGAUCCCCUGGGCGCUCCUUCCCAUUUUGUGGAUAUUGAAAGGUUGCCGGGAUGGGCUGACCUUUAUGAGGCAGACUCUCAAAGCCUGCCUGAAAAAUGCCAAGCGGAUGCCCGGUCGCCCUUCCCGUACAGGAAAGACAUUAAUGCAAAAAUCAUAUUGUGGAGGGGCGACGUAGCUCUGCUAAACUCCACGGCCAUAGUGAACACCAGCAAUGAGUCUCUCACAGAUAAAAAUCCUGUGUCGGAAAGUAUCUACUUGCAUGCAGGACCUGACCUGAGGGUCGAGCUACAGAAACUCAAAGGCUGCCGGACAGGGGAGGCCAAGCUGACCAAGGGCUUCAACCUGGCCGCGCGUUUCAUCAUCCACACGGUGGGGCCCAAAUACAAGAGCCGGUACCGCACAGCUGCAGAGAGCUCCUUGUACAGCUGCUACCGCAACAUUUUACAGAUCGCAAAGGAGCAGGCGAUGACUUCAGUGGGAUUCUGCGUCAUAAACACUGUGAGACGAGGUUACCCUUUGGCAGAUGCAACUCACAUAGCACUGCGGACAGUUAGGCGGUUUCUCGAGAUUCACGGAGAAACCCUUGAAAAAGUGGUGUUCGCGGUAUCUGAGUCCGAAGAGGCCGCUUACCAGAAGAUGCUGCCUCUGUAUUUCCCAAGGUCGCUAGAAGAGGAGAGGUGGUCCUUGCCUUUCCUGCCUGCUGAUAUUGGUAAUGCAGAGGGGGAGCCGGUGGUGCCCGAGCGUCAGAUCAGAAUUAGCGAAAAGCCAGGCAUUUCAGAAGAGAAUUCUGACGAGGAAGGGCUCGAAGCGGACUUGGCGUUCAUUGGCUCCCACGCUUUUGCCCGCAUGGAAGGGGACGUGGACAAGCAGAGGCGCCUCGUUCUCCAGGGGCAGCUCUCGGAAGCAGCGCUGAAGAAACAGCAUCAGAGGAAUUACAGUCGCUGGCUCUGUCAGGCGAGAGCGGAGGAUCUCUCGGACAUCGCUUCCCUCAAAGCUUUGUACCAAACUGGUGUGGAUAACUGCGGCCGCACAGUGAUGGCCGUGGUUGGAAGGAAUAUUCCCGUAACUCUUAUAGACAUGGAAAAGGCUCUCUUGUAUUUCAUCCAUGUGAUGGACCACAUCGUAGUGAAGGAAUACGUCAUUGUGUAUUUCCACACCCUCACUAAUGUCUACAAUCACCUAGACUCGGAUUUCCUGAAGAAACUCUACGACAUCGUCAAUGUCAAGUACAAAAGAAAUCUGAAAGCCCUGUACUUCGUCCACCCAACAUUUCGCUCAAAGGUAUCAACAUGGUUUUUCACCACCUUUACUGUCUCGGGCUUGAAGGACAAAGUCCACCACGUGGAAAGCCUCCAGCAGCUGUUCACAGCCAUCCCCCCUGAACAGAUCGACUUCCCGCCGUUUGUUCUCGAAUACGAUGCCCGGGAAAACGGCCCCUACUAUUCUUACCCUUCUUCUCCGGACCUCUGA